GUCCCCCCUGCUGUUUAUAAAUGAUUAAAUAAGUGAAGGGACAGUGUGGUAGUCUCCGGUGGUUAAGACUAUAAAUUCACUGUUAAGUGGCUUUAUUACACAAUUUAUUCUUCUCAUAGAACAUAGAAAGGUUAACUGGAUGACGUUUUAGAAAUUAUUCGUAGGCUAGUUAUUUGUGUGGGCAAACGGCUAGCAGUUAGCCAUUAGGCCUAUAUAUUAGUGCUAUCUGCUUUUCCACCCAGUCUGUUCUGCACCAAAGGCAGUAGGCUAUAACUUUCCUCUUGCAAGAGGGUUGGGCUGGGCUGGUGGGCUGGGAAAGGGGCGUGGGAUAAGCCAACAUCACAGGCUAAUGCAGCCUCCCACCGUGUCAUUAAUCUCCGUCUGUGGACCGUCUGACCGUCACCCAGGUUGCCUUCAUCCGUCCUGUCACACGAAGGACUGUGUGGACCGGCUGGAUCUGAUCUCUGGGUGUUUCCAGUAGCGGGAUGAAACCAACACAGUGAGAAAGGAGCUUCUUCUCCUCCUGCUUAUUCUUUUCUCCAGAAGCGGACCUUAGCUUCCUUUCUCCUACCGGCGGAGAAAUGAGGCAUCCACUGGCCGAUGCAGCCCUGAUAUUCUGGCUGUUUCUAGAGUGUGUAGAAGCCAAAAAGUACUGCUGGUAUUUUGAAGGCGGAUACCCCAUCUACUUCAUAUGUCGCUCCUAUGAGGACUGUUGUGGGACUCGCUGCUGUGUGAGAGCCCUGUCCAUCCAGAGACUAUGGUACUUCUGGGUGCUUCUGAUGAUGGGAGUAUUGUUCUGCUGCGGUGCUGGCUUCUUCAUCCGGAGAAGGAUGUAUCCCUCCCCUCUGAGAGAUGAGCCAGCCUUCAACGUCUCCUUCACCAGGCACCCUGUUACCACACCAGUUUCCCAGCAGCCAGGGAGUAUGCAGGGCUUUGGGGUCAACGGGAUGACGGGUGGCGACCCAGGGGUUACCAUGACACACCCGGUGUACCCUGCACAGCCUGGCUCUGCCCUUAUGAUGGGCUCUUAUCCCCCUCCUCCAUCCUAUUGCAACCACCCACCUCCGCCCUAUGAACAGAUAUUUCAAAAUGGCGACAAGAAGUAACGUCCACAAAGAACUAAGGGGCUGGAAAGAGGCAGUUAGAGGCUGGAUAUAUCAGGAAGGUCACACGAGGAUGAGGAAGAGGAAUGCCUGCCAGUUGUUUGCACCUUUACUCUACAGUUUGUGGAUGUAGGACUUGGAAAACACACAAUCUCUUGUCCUGUGGAAAAGCAGAAUCUUGAUGCACAGACACACACUCAUCCACUCACACACAACGCUUCAUCUGCAGUGCUUCAUUUACUCUUGAUUUAUGUGGAUCUGUGAAGACGAGCGAGGAUGGGCCCUUUCAGUUUGAGGUUUUGGAUUCAGCCGCUGUCACCUGUCUCCUCCACCCCCCAACUGUGCAGAAUGGAACAGAAAAUGAUAAUCAUAAUGUAUUAAAAUGCUGGAUAUUUUUUGUCUUAAUGGACAGCGUUUUAGUAAUUGUUCAGAAAUGUUUCACCUGAACAGCUGUACAAAGUACAAAUACAUUAUUCUAAAAACCGUACAAACCAUUCUUAAAAGCAGUUUCAAGGAUGACACGGACUUAUUUUCUGUCCAGCAUUUUACUGCAAGAUGGGAUCUUUACUAAAUGAUGAGUUCUUGAUGCAUUUUUUAUCACAGUAUGUGUAGGCCAGUUAUGUAAUGACACAAUGAACUGCUACAGCAGGCAGACUCCUGCAACGAAUGCUUUACCAGUCACCACAUGAUGAAUCAGACAUUGACAGAGUGACACUGAGAUGGAAGUGGCUGCUGGUGAUGUUAUGUCAUAUGUCUAGUGUCAUAUGCCGAGGAUUAGUGGCAUGCCACUUGUAUUCCACCACAGCCCACUAGCAUAUACCGAAUCUUUCACUUUUUAGAUACCAUGUAAAAUCGGUUAUGCCAUAACAUUAUACUGGAAGAUAACCACUCCUUGCAGGCAACUGUCAGGCACUGAUGUGAUCAAGCUAUACAUUUCUGGCAGCUAACCCAGUGAGGCUAUCUGUAGCUAUUAGCCCUGUACUGCUAGCAUCGUGAGUCUAGCCUUGGACGAAGUUGGAUCAAUAACUCUGCUUAUAUGCUACAGAUGCUGCAUUGAUAGAAAAAUAGGAACACCUCUUGUUAUUAUGACUUGGCAGUACUCAGGCAUUAUUCCAAGGUGGCAGCCAGCUGUUAUUUACUGAGAAAUCCUUCCAGCACGAAAUUCCACCUAAAACCAUAAAUUGUUGUUUUUAAAUUUUCGAGUGUGUUCGGAUUAACACACAGCAUGUUAGUUAGCUUUAGGUGGCUUUUGAAACUUUGGACAGAGCUAGACUUGCUGUUUUCUCUGUGUCAAGUUGUUAUGCUAAGCUAGGCUAACUACGCCCUGACUCGAGCUCUGUUGUUAACACUCAGACAUGAAAUAUCCCAACAUACAGACAUUUUCCUGUAACUCUUUGCAAAAACAGUGAAUAAGUGUAUUUCCUAGAACUGAACUAUUCCACACACAUUUUACUGUAGCAGCUGGGAGAAAAAUGGCACCACUGGCUGUAUUUUUAAGGAUAAACAUUAUUUAUUUAUGAAAACAUUCUGAGGACUCAACUUAAUCAGGACAUAACGUAAAUGAUAAAUAUUUAACUAAAUUACCAUUGAUUAACUUAUUUGAUGUUGCACUUUGUUAGACUUCUUUUCAUAAGUAAAAUAUUUUUAAUUUUG